AUGGCCGAGUGGAUAAGUAGCUUUGAUGCUGAACUUCUGGAGUUGAAGCCUGUAUCCAUCGACCACGACAGGCUGACGGAACAACGCAAAGAACAACUAGCUCUGGCUGAGAAGCAUAAAGAAGGUCUCGUUCGAUUGGAGGAUCUGGAAGCUGUUUCAAUGCGGCUGGUCGAAGCUGAACGCGAAAGUGGUGGAAAUAGAUUGAGUGCGACUCCACGUAUCGCAAUGGAACUUGUGGCAAAGUACAACGCUCAAGCGGAUGCGUUGCGAUCACGAGCUGAACGAAUCAACACUGCGGAUCAGAAGGCAGUUGAAUUGUUAGCCGCUGAGGACGAGUUAUCCUCUUGGAUAUCGUCGCAGACGAAAAUACUGACGGAUUACGAUGUGCCCACAUCAAUCGACGCAGUGAAUGCUCUACUGGCUACACUGGACCGUAUGUCAAAGGCGAAAAGACAAGAACAGCGACGGCUUGAUGAUAUUCGCCUACGUGGCCGAGAGCUGGCAGCUGAUGCUCGCUCGGUUGGAGAGGGUGAGCGGUUGCUUGAACGACACCAGUUGCUGUCGGAGAAAUGGGACCAACUCACAGACCUCAUGGAAGCCACGCGGGAACGCGUGUCUGUGGCCGAGAAGUGGAUUGAAGGACAUGCUGCACUAGAGAAAUGGUUGUCCUCAAAGCGUCGAAUGCUUUUGGCCAUAGGAGCCCCUACGACUGACGCAGCAAUUGCAAAGUCCCAAAUGGGGCAAAUUCAGAUCAUAAGCGCGGAAAUGGAUGGGGAACGAGCCAGCUACAAAAAGCUCAAGGAAAUGCUGGAGUCACUCCCUGGAGCAUCAUCAACUGGCCUCGCUCCCAUGAUGAAUGAGUUAAAUUCUGGGUGGGCAUCAUUCGAGAAAGAACUGACCGACAAAGAACGCAACGUUCAACGAGCCUCGGAUUUGGGUGCCGAAAUCAAAUCCAUGCAAAAAGCCGUCAUGAAUGAUGUCGCUGUUUUGGAAUCAGAUAUUGAAAAGUUUGGAGCGCUAUUGCCAUCAGAAGUGGAGGCUCGACUGGGCGAAUUGUCAGCCUUCAAAUCGCAAUUGGUGGACCUCUCUGAGCAAGUCGACCACAUGUCCCAGCUGAUCGAUCCCUCGAGUGAUUUGGAAAUCGACUCGAUGAAUAAGGGCGAUCUAGAUGAACAGAUGAAUAAUAUGAGAAAGAAAAUCGAUGAGAUGAAUCGGAAGCUGGACCAGUUGAAAAACGUUGCCGUAUCCUCUCGAAGUGAAGGUGAUGAAAUUGAAAAGAAACUCGAAGUUCUGUUGGACGUCGCACGCGAGGCGCGAUCGGAAAUCGAGGAGGCUCCACCCAUCUCUGCUGAACGGAACAGACUUCAAGAGCAUUUGGACUCGAUCAAUGACUUGUUAGUGAAAAUCAGUGACCUCGAGGGAGAUUUCCCUUACGUCAGGGCGAUGGUGACGGAACGUUUGAAGAAGGUGCCAGAUGAUGAAUUACAAUUGAAAAUGCAGUAUCUCGCAAAUAAUUGGAACCCAACUGUCACAAAUGUGAAGGACAAAAAAGCGAUGAUAUCGAAAGUUCUGGACCUUGUCAAGCAGUUUGAAGGUUUGGAGAAAACCCUUCGCGACAAUAUAGCUCAGGAUGAAAACGAGUUGGCUGCUGUUCUCGCUAAUGAAGAUGGUUCAGCUGUGCAAAAUGCUCUCAAGUCGAUGGAAAAUGUGUCAGGACGUCGAAUGGCCGAUGCUCUCAGCCUUAAUGCACUUGCAACGCGCAUCAACGCGUCCGCUCCGGGACCCGAGGCGAACAAAUUCCUUCGAAGUGCUGAGAAUUUCGUAAAUGACUGUGGAGCUCUCAGCAAACGAAUCAAUCUGGCCACUGAGGCUGCUCAACGCAAAGUCGACCUUGCGGAAAAGUUCAACCGACUAGCAGAAGAGGCUCGUCAUGUCGUGGAUGGAGAACGACAAGCACUCAGCUCCGGAGCUGCAGAAAUCACCAGCGUCGAAAGAGUCGUUGCCAUUAUAAUUGUUGUAGAACUUGCUGAAAUAAAUGGAUUCUGGAAUCGAUCACAACGCGAAUUGUCAGUCUGUGCUGAUGAACUGAAAAAGACGGUGAUUCCAUCAAAAGCCGAAGCCAUCGAUCACACCAUGGUUCAACUUGAUGAGGACUUUGCCUCACUGCGCAAUGAGCUCCAAGGAUUGGAAGCAGCUUUGAGUGCAAAGAAAGAGGAUCUGGAAAAGUUGUCAGAAAUGAGCAGUGGCGUUAAGAACGAUGUUAAUGCCAUGUACAUGGAAUUGAGCGAUCUCGAUCCAGUUGCUCGUAACAUCGCCGAGCUUCACGCUCAACAGGAUCAGGUGAAAGCGAUAGAACAGCGUUUGGAGGCAAGUGAAGAUCGACUCCGGUCUGUGUUAGACGAAUGGAACAAAGGUGUGGCGGCGGGUGUGAUCAGUCAACCUCAAAUGGAAAACAAUCAAGCACUGGCUGACGAUGUCACAAAGAUGAUUGAAAAAGCUCGAAAGAAGUUGGGUCAACGAGAGAAGAAGAUUGAGGAAGCUAUUCGAGAAGUGGAAGCCGUGCACAAGAAUGCGGCUGAACUAAUUGGCGAAUUGAAUGGUCUGCGUGAUUCCGAGGCACUUUCUGCGGUUGUCACGGUUUCGGAUCCGACAGCUCAAGCUGAAAAAUUGAAAACGCUCAAAGAUAACCUCAAAGCAGUCGGAGCUCGGGUACGUCAUCGAAUGGCCCGUCAAUUAUGA